AUGACAGAGAACAGCUUUAUCUUAACUAUCAGCACCGUCUCGAAGGUGACAGACAGCAGCUUUAUCUCAACUACCAGUAUCGUCUCCAUCGUCUCGGAGGUGACAGAGAGCAGCUUUCUCUCAAGUACCAGCUUAAAAUCCGACACAACAGAGAGCAGCUUUAUCUCAACUACAAGCUACACCUCUAAGACGACAAAGAGCAGCUUUAUCUCAACUACCAGCUUCACCUCUGAGACGACAAAGAGCAGCAUUAUCUAAACUACCAGCUUCACCUCUGAGACGACAAAGAGCAGCUCUAUCUCAACUACCAGCUUCACCUCUGAGACAACGGAGAGCAGCUUUAUCUUCACUACCAGCUUCACCUCUGAGACGACAGAGAGCAACUUUAUCUUCACUACCAGCUUCACCUCUGAGACCACAGAGAGCAGCUUUAUCUCAACUAUCAGCCUCACCUCCGACACAACAGAGAUGAGCUUUAUCUCAACUACCAGCUUCUCCUCUGAGAUGACAGAGAGCAGCUUUAUCUCAACUACCAGCUUCACCUCUGAGACGACAAAGAGCAGCUUUAUCUUAACUAUCGGCAUCGUCUCGGUGGUGACAGCGAGCAGCUUUAUCUCAACUAUCAGCAUCGCCUCGGAGGUGACAAAGAGCAGCUUUAUCUCAACUACAAGCUUCGUCUCUGAGACGACAGAGAGCAGCUUUAUCUUAACUAUCAGCAUCGUCUCGAAGAUGACAGAGAGGAGAUUUAUUUCAACUAUCAGCUUCGUCUCGAACAUAGCAGAGAGCAGCUUUAUCUCAACCACCAGCAUCGUCUCCAUCGUCUCGGAGGUGACAGAGAGCAGCUUUCUCUCAAGUACCAGCUUAAAAUCCGACACAACAGAGAGCAGCUUUAUCUCAACUACAAGCUACACCUCUAAGACGACAAAGAGCAGCUUUAUCUCAACUACCAGCUUCACCUCUGAGACGACAAAGAGCAGCAUUAUCUAA